AUGCGAGAUGCCGCCCUGGAGCUCCACGCCGGGCCGCCGGCGCCGCGGACGGCAAUGGCGGCCUCCGCCGGCGACCACUACGCGCGCCUCCUGCGGCUGUGCGGGACGGCCGCCAACCCGGGCGCCGGGCGCGCCAUCCACGCGCGCGCCGUCAAGGCCGGUCUCCUCGCCAGCGCCUACCUCUGCAACAACCUCCUCUCCUACUACGCCGGCCCCGCCGCCGCUGGAGGAGCCAGCGGCAGCUUCCCGGAGGCGAGGCGCCUGUUCGACGAGAUCCCCGCGGCGCAGCGCAACGUGUUCACGUGGAACUCGCUGCUGUCCAUGCACGCCAAGUCCGGCCGCCUGGCCGACGCCCGCGCGGUGUUCGCGGGAAUGCCCGAGCGCGACGCCGUGUCGUGGACCGUCAUGGUCGUCGGGCUCAACCGCGCCGGACGGUUCGGGGAGGCCGUCAGGACGUUCCUGGACAUGGUCGCCGACGGGCUGGCGCCGACGCAGUUCACGCUCACGAACGUGCUCUCGUCGUGCGCCGCGACGGAGGCCGGCAGGGCCGGGAGGAAGGUCCAUUCCUUCGUCGUCAAACUCGGCCUCAGCAGCUGCGUGCCGGUGGCCAACUCGGUGCUCAACAUGUACGGCAAGUGCGGGGACGCCGAGACGGCGAGGGCUGUGUUUGAAAGGAUGCCGAUGCGGAGCGUGUCGAGCUGGAACGCCAUGGUGUCGCUGAACGCGCAUCUGGGCAGGAUGGACCUUGCUCUGACCACGUUCGAGAGCAUGCCGGACCGGACCAUCAUCUCGUGGAACGCAGUCAUCGCAGGGUACAACCAGAAUGGGCUUGAUGCCGAGGCGUUGUGGUUCUUCUCGCGGAUGCUGAGAGACUCUUCCAUGGAGCCUGAUGACAUCACAAUCACCAGCGUCCUAUCUGCUUGCGCCAACCUCGGCAUGGUGAGCAUCGGAAAGCAGGUGCACGCGUACAUCUUGAGGUGUGGAACGCCCUACACCUGCCAGGUCACGAACGCCCUCAUCUCAAUGUAUGCCAAGUCUGGCAGUGUUGAGAAUGCCAGAGGGGUCAUGGACCAGGCAGUGGUGGCCGAUCUCAAUGUGAUAUCCUUCACUGCUCUCCUGGAAGGCUAUGUUAAGCUUGGUGAUAUGGAGCGUGCAAAGGAAAUAUUUGAUGUUAUGAGUAACCGAGAUGUCGUAGCCUGGACUGCGAUGAUUGUCGGCUAUCAGCAGAAUGGUCACAACGACGAGGCCAUCCAGCUCUUCAGGUCGAUGAUUAGAAGUGGACCAGAGCCAAACAGCUAUACGCUUGCUGCUGUUCUUAGUGUUUGCGCAAGCCUUGCAUGUCUUGAGUACGGCAAGCAGAUCCACUGCAAGGCUAUCAGGUCCAGGCAGGGGCAAUCUAGCUCCGUCAGCAACGCCAUCCUCACCGUGUAUGCAAGGUCAGGCAACUUGCCAUGGGCAAGGAGGGUGUUUGAUUGGGUCCGCUGGCGCAAGGAGAAGGUCACAUGGACAUCGAUGAUCGUAGCUUUAGCACAGCAUGGCCUGGGAGAAGAUUCUGUUGGUCUGUUUGAAGAAAUGCUUUGUGUUGGUGUGAAACCAGACCGCAUAACCUAUGUUGGUGUGCUUUCAGCCUGCGCUCAUGCCGGUUUUGUGGACCAAGGGAAGAGAUACUACCAGCAGAUGCAGGACAUGCACGGCAUUGUACCUGAAAUGAGCCAUUACGCCUGCAUGGUUGACCUCCUCGCCCGCAGCGGCCUACUCUCUGAAGCUCAGGAAUUCAUCCAACAAAUGCCUGUGGAGCCUGACGCAAUAGCCUGGGGAUCACUCCUUUCAGCUUGCAGAAUGCACAAGAAUGCAGACUUGGCAGAACUGGCGGCAGAGAAGCUGCUGUCAGUUGAUCCCGAUAACAGUGGUGCCUACACCGCUCUCUCCAACGUCUACUCUGCCUGUGGGAGGUGGAACGACGCGGCGAAGAUAUGGAAGCGGAGGAAGGACAAGGCUGUGAAGAAGGAGACAGGUUUUAGCUGGACUCACAUACAGAACAGAGUACAUGUCUUUGGAGCAGACGACGUCCUACAUCCGCAGAGGGACGCCGUCUACAGGACGGCUGCCAAGAUAUGGGAGGAUAUCAAGAAGGCCGGCUUCGUGCCCGACCUCCAGUCUGUCCUACACGAUGUCGACGAUGAGCUCAAGGAGGAGAUGCUGAGCCGCCACAGUGAGAAGCUCGCCAUUGCAUUCGGCCUUAUCAGCACGCCGGAGGGGACGACGCUGCGAAUCAUGAAGAACCUGCGUGUAUGCAAUGACUGCCACACCGCGAUCAAGUUCAUCUCCAAGGUUGCGGACAGGGAGAUCAUUUUGCGAGACGCAACGAGAUUUCAUCAUUUCAGGGAUGGAUUAUGCUCGUGUAAAGAUUAUUGGUAGAAAACCAUUGGUUACCGAGGAAGGAAUAAUGAUAUUUCAUUCCUGCAGAUGUAACCGCUCCUCAAGAACAAAGCCAAAGUGUGAGCACACGUUAAACCAGCAAAAUUGGAUAAUACUGCUAACUUUGGAAUGCCCUUGUGAUAAAUAAAAAUAGAGUGUAAACAUAGCACAACGAUUUGUAUUA